AAAAAAACAGAAAUACAUUUCAAUUCCUCAAUCAUGAGUUUAAAUACCAUAUUAUCGAAUCCAGCCUUGAAAGAUAAGAAGGAAAUGGAGUUAAACGAAGAAUGGAACAAUUUCGUGAAGAGAAUAGGGGAGGUGUCAGGUCUAGUGAAGGAUAUGGCGAGCGGAGACAAGGCGAAAGCUGAUGCUGCGGCCGCGUUUGCCGACCGGUAUCUUCAGGGGAAGGUUAUUGCUGAUGAAGACGUGGAAAUGAAGGUCAAGUGUGAUCGUACUGUGAUUAAUAAAAAGGCGUUCCGGAGUAUGGAGAAUGAGGGUGAAAUGGACAAAGACGCAUGGAUGGCAGAAGUGAGCAAGGAUGCAGAGAUGCGUUUCCAAGACAGAAAAGUACGCCGCGAACGCGCCGAUACCCUCAAGACUCAAGCCGUAAAGGCUUUCAACCGAGGAGAGUACGAGAAAGCCCUAUCUUGCUACAAUCGGGCUUUGGAGCAAGUUAGAGACAACCCUAUGCUGUAUUGUGACCGCGCGCUUACUAAUAUCAAGCUUGGGAACUUUCAAAAGGUAUUCAAAGACUGCGAAUGGGCCCUGAAGCUGAACGAGAACAGUUUCAAGGCGCGUCUCUACACCGCUAAAGCCCACAAAGAGUUAGAAGAGACAGACAAACUGGAGGAAUGCCUGGUAGAGCUGAGAGAGAAGUUCCCGCAGCAUGAGGAACUGGUGCAGUACUUCUUGGAGAAGAAGGAAGGUAAACAGGAGGAAGAAGAUGAUGAUCAGUAAUUUUGUUUGGAGAUAGGCCGUUAACCGUUAAGGCUA